UGGGAGAUAAGAACUGUUCACGGUUUCCAAUUUUGUCAUCAGAGCCUCAUUGACUAUUGGGUAUGGAGUGGCCUAAUGAGUUGGUGUUGGAUUUCUUACAAUACUAUGAGAAUGAACCAGUUAUUUGGAACCCUUCUCAUCCCAAUCACAAAAAUAGAAAUGAAAUAUACGAUGCAUGGAAAAGAAUCGAAAGCAAGAUGGGUAACAAGUUUUCUGUCACCGAAUUGAAAAAGAAAAAAGACUCUAUGAUGGCUUCAUUUAGAACGUGUUUGAAAAAGGUUAAGGAAAGCUGUAAAAGUGGAGCCGGAUCUGAUGAUAUAUACAAACCAAAUUGGUUUGCUUAUGAAAUCAUGGAAAGAUUUCUCAAAGAUAAGAACCUGCCAAGAGAGACACUUAGUUCAGAGGUGGCUCCACCUCCAAAUGAAGAGCAAUUCCAAGCCGAAAGGAACAUAGAUUUGCCAAAUUUAUCAGAUAAUGUACCAUCUGCCAGCAGGGAAGAGCCUGAAACAAAGAAACGAAAGUUCCAAGUGAUUCCAACGAAUUACAUGCUCUCUCUGGAACUGUUGUAG